AAAGUUAAACAACACCAGAUUUUUUUUUCUUUUCUUUCUUUCUUUCUUUUUCCUUUUCUUCCUAUUUACUCAAAAAAAGAAUGAGUUUGACUGAUGAAGAAUUUCGAACGAAAUUAGAAAAACAUUUCUCACUUUAUCGAAUCAAUUUACGUUCUCCUUUAGUUUCACCUAUUAUACCUAAUCAUUGGUAUCGAGUUGAUCUAUUACUUGUUAAUGAAUUAGGUUUAUUUCGACGCGCUGAUAUUGAACCCGAUGGACAAGUGAUAGUCACAUGUGAUCUCUUUACACCUAAUCAUAAAGAAAGCAUUACACCUUUUCAGACACAAGAUCGUGACUGGGAAAUUGAAAUUCGAUCUUGUCAUGCCUUUUCAGAAGGACGAUUAUCUAAAGAAAGGAUGCCUGUACCAGGCUUUGUUCAAUCUGGUAAAGGUGCAUUUGAAUAUCGUGUCCGAUCCAAGCAUCAUUCAAAGCAGGGACAACAAAAGAGAUUUAUACAUAUAAAGGCUUCAAAGCUCGUUCAAUUUCCUAAGGGUGAUAAGACGACACAUAAUGAAGACAUGAUCUUACCUCUCGUAGUAGGUCCUAUUGAAAUUAUAUCAGAUACAACAACAUCAUCUGAUUUUGAUAAAGAAGAGAAGAGCAGCAUCACGAAUUUACCUUUAGAAUUGUGGGAUCCAAAUGAAAUUAAAGAUAUGAUUCAUGAUGGUUAUCGUGUGUUUUCUGUGGCUACUUCAUCAUCAUCAUGCGAUCCACCUCUUAAUAAUAUUGCUAUUCAUGAAAUGUGGGAUUCAGGUAUUCCAGGUAAAAUUUGGGAUUCCGCUCUUGUUAUGCUUGAUUUCAUAAAAAACAUGAUCAAGUUACGUCCAGACUAUAUACAAGGGAAACAUACACUAGAUUUAAGUGCAGGCACUGGAUUAUUAGGAUUUUAUGUAGCAGCAAGUAUGAUAGAAUCAAGUAGUAAACAAGGUCAAAUUACAAUUACAGAAUUAGGUGACGCAGUCGAUUUGAUCAAUAAAAAUGGAAAGAUAAAUAAUUUCUUAUUAUUAUCAAACCAACAAUUACAAACAAAGUCUCUUUUAUGGGGGAACAGAAAGGAGGCAGAAGCAUGUGGGAAAGCAGAUUUAAUUCUUGCAUCCGAUGUACUUUAUGAAUCACAAUUCUUUGAAGACCUUGUAAAGACAUUUGUAGAUUUAAGCACAAGUGAGACUCGUAUUUAUAUUGGUUAUAAACGUCGUGGAUUUGAUGAAGCAGAAGAGCAACGCUUUUGGUCUUUAUGUAGUCACUAUUUUGAUGUGAAAUUACUUGACUAUGAAGAUAAAAAGGAUGAAGAUCAUAUCUUGGUACCUCAACUCAUUCUUAAAGAAACGAAUGUACAAUUAUAUCGUCUAUUACCGCGUACCAAAUUAUCAUCACUUUCUCCUUUUUGAUUUUCUUUACCAUUUUUUUUUAUCUCCUUUUUAUUAUUAUAGACUGUACUUGUUG